CCUUGCGGCCACCGUACAGAAGCCGGUAGUGCACAGAAAGGAUCCCAGCGUGGAGGCCGCUGGUGGGAGGGGGAUGCGGGAGACCGGUUACCGGCUACCGACAUGGGGAACCUAUUCGCCCGGAAAAAACGGAGCCGGGUCACCGAGCAGGACAAAGCCGUGCUGCAACUGAAGCAGCAGAGAGAUAAACUAAAGCAGUAUCAGAAGAGGAUCUCGCUGCAGCUGCAGCGAGAGAGAGAGGUGGCCCGGCAGCUGCUGCACGAUGGCAAGAGAGAGAAGGCCAAGUUGCUGUUAAAGAAGAAGAGAUACCAAGAACAGCUCCUGGAGAAGACAGACAACCAGAUCAGCAACCUGGAGAAAAUGGUUGAAGACAUUGAGUUUGCACAGAUUGAGCUGAAGGUGAUCGAGGGGUUAAAGUUGGGUAACGAGUGCCUGAAGAAGAUGCAUGAGGUCAUGUCCAUAGAGGAGGUGGAGAGGAUCAUGGAUGAGACGCAAGAAGGCAUUGAAUACCAGCGUCAAAUUGACGAGCUUCUAUCAGGAAACCUGACUCUAGAGGAUGAGGAGGCCAUUCUAGAAGAACUUGAGGCCAUCACUCAGGAAGAUCUGGAACUCCCAGAAGCCCCCUCGGAGCCGCUUCCAGACACUACGCCAGAGAAAGAAGCGGUCAAGAACAAACCCAAGCCGCAGCUGGUGGCCGCUUCUUAACGCCAUGCCCUUUCGGUAGGAGGACGGUGUUUGAAGGCAAACGCAUCAUCCGAAAGGCACCGGUUCAGGAGUUCCGCAGACUAUCUCACGCAGCCCGGGGAGAGAUAUACAGCACCCGUCUUGUACAUUGGACUUUUUUAAUCCUAGAGGUGCUGAAAAGAGCCGUGUAUCUCUUGGUUGCUUAUCAUAGUCCACUCCAUGGGGUUUUUUUCCUUACAUAAAGACGAAUCAGGAUCUGUGUUUUUGCAAACAUAGGAAAAUCAGUAAAGGGUGUGCGGUUUUUUGUUUUUUUUUUCUCAUUUUUUUUUAUAUGUUUAUCCUUUCUUUAGUAGGAGUUUAGGGUUACCAUCACUUUGUCAAGUUGAUGCAGUAAUAGGACGCUCCAGAACAAAGCUAGGGCUGUAAUUAAGUGUUUUUGAUUUGGGAUAAUAUAAAAAGAAAUAAAAGAAUAAAAUGUACUUUUUUUUUCCCUUUCACCGUUUCAAAGGCUUUUCAGACUACGAAGAGCUAGCACUGUUACAAACUAACGAUUCAAGGUUAUUAAAAUAUGUGGCGUGACUAAA